AUGGAGACCCUCAAAGCAGUCUUUUUUGGGCCGGACCCCCAGGCUCAGAUGAGAAAAUGCAACCAACUUAUCCGUGCCAACACCCGCCAAUUAGAUCGAGAUAUCAUGCAGCUCAAAAACCUCGAGAGCAAAACCCGGCAGUAUAUCAUCAAUGCCUCCCGGCGGGCCGAGCGUAACCCAUCGCAAGCAAAACAAGCCAUGAUGGAAACGAAGACCUUCGCGCGAGAGCUCGUGCGAAUCCGGAGACAGUCCACCCGACUCACCACCAGCAGAGCCCAACUCCAGAGCGUACAGAUGCAAGUGAAUGAGGCAUUCUCGAUGCGAAAGAUACAGGGGAGUCUGAAGAAGUCAACGGGCAUCAUGAAGGACGUGAAUACGCUGGUGCGCCUCCCAGAAUUGACGUCCACCAUGCAUCAGCUGUCGACGGAGCUCGUUCGAGCGGGCAUUAUCGAAGAGAUGGUGGACGACGCCAUCCCCAACAACGAGUUCCUGGAAGAUGAAGAGGAGGAGGCCGAUGCUGAGGUCGACAAGGUCCUGCAAGAGAUCCUGCAUGGCAAACUCUCCCAGGUCGAGGAUGUCAAACAGAAGCCACUGGAGGAGCCCGAGGAAGGUAUCAGCGAAGCGGUCGAGGACCAGGAGGCCACUUUGGAACAGAUGCGGGGACGGUUGGAAGCCUUGAAGAGCUGA